AUGCCUCCUUCCACCGUCUUCUCAUAUUGGCGUCGCGAUCAUCGCCGCUCUACCGCUCCACCGGCUUCCUUAUCAGCACCUUUACCACGCCUUCCAAGUACAGAUGACAGCCCCCUCAGCCCUCCACAGCUUCCUGAAAUCCCAGAUACCCUGGCCCUUUCAAGCGCGCUUGACAGCACCGCCUCAUAUGAUGCCCUGCCGUGGUUCGAUUCGCCGCUAGAGAGCGAUAAUUCAAAAUUGAACUUUACCUCCUCUGCCGCGCCAUUGUCUUCCUCCGUUAGCCUUGCUGUUCCUUCGCCUGCUGUUGAGAAGGCGAACCGUCCUCACUCGAGCCCCGAGGAGAUUUCUCCCGAACCACACUUCACAGCGCAAGCGAACAAUUCACAACUCUCGGUGAACGGGUCGCGGCUCGAUCAAGGCGAUGGAGACUCGCAAUCUAAGCCUACUUCCCCAUUUCGGCUUUCCAUUGGCAAAGGUGUACGUGGGUUUCAGACAUCAAGCUUUGAAAAUGCGAAACGAUCGCCUACUGCGGGUCCUGGAGCGAGUCAUGUUAGGCUCAAACCCCCGCCCGAAGAUGGGUCGAAUGAAAAGCCGGUCAUAUCACAAAGGGAAACUAAGCCAGAUGGGACUAUGCCGAGGCGAAUUGUCGAGCGUGAGGUCUCAGCGGAGAAUGUACACCAUAAGUCGGGGAAGGCCAUGCUUCAUCUCUUGAACCCCAUGUCACUUCUUGCUCGCCGGCGGUCUUCUCAGAUGUCUAGCUCCCGCGUUGAAGAUGUUAAGAUCAAUGCACCCAAUUUGAUCCCCGCUAUACCGGAUGACUACGACCCGAGAAUCCGCGGUAACAUUGUACAUGAUUUCUCUGCUCCUCGACCUCGACGAAAUCUGUCAGGGAAUUUGUCGGGCGAUGGGUCUACUUCAAACGCGCAAGAUUCAUCUCUGCAGCAUCCAGCCAAUCGAUGGAGCGAUAAUUCAAAAAGAAACAGCGAUCAUUCACCUGCAUUUAAAGAACAUUUCGAGGACGAUGAAAAGGUUUUACAAGUCGAGAACAAGGGUUACCUCCACUCAUCAUUACUCACGAACCCAACCCAGAGUGGCUAUGAAAAGUCAAUACCCGUUUUUGCGCGAAAGUUUCCUUCGACGGCACCAGAGCAUAGCCCGGAGGCUGGUGAUGAAUACGGGAACUUACCCGCUGAACUUCCUGCAGACGUUCCCGUGGAGCUUCCUGCUGAAGUACCGUCUGAGUAUUCAACAAGUCCACCGAAAGAGAGUCCGCCUGCUAGUCAAAGGGAUCAAGAUGUCAUUCCUAAAGUGUACCCUGCAGGCUUACCAAAGCACCUUAAGAGCAAUGCUUCUUCAAGAUUUAGCUUUGAUAUGGGCGGUGUUGAAUCUUCAGUGCAGGAGAAACUUCUUGAAGAGAAGCACAAGGCGAAAGAAGCUGCGCGAAAACUGGAAGAUGGAUAUUUUGAUGACUUCGAUGAUGAUUUCGAUAACGAUAUGCUCGAUGAUAUGGAUGAUCUCGAAGAAACAAUUCCAGAACUCAACGCUGAUUAUGAUGAGUAUGAAGAUAUUGCGCCUGCUCCUUUGCGCAAUGUCAAUGGUGAUCUUAAAUCAUGGGCUGCGCCGGGUCUUUCCCCUGUAGUUGCUAGCCCGAUCACUCCUGCACCGCCGCAUGAGAUCCCUAUGAGCGCCCUGAGUGCCGAUGAACCCGAAUCGGUGGAUUCUAAUCCAUAUUUCAACUCUGAGGAAAUGAAUAAACCUGAAGAAAAUCCUGUUGUCUCACCCCUUGACAAGGAACCAUCGGUAGGGGUGCAAGCUAUCUCAGAGAAUACCGCCCAGGUACCGCAGAAUGAUCAGCCGAAUAUGCCAAUAGGUGGCGAUGACGAGGAUGAUUUAUACUUCGAUGAUGGUCAAUUCGGUGAUGAAUUCGCAGAAGAACUCGCACUCGCCGCACAAAGCGUCGAUUCCCAGGGCCAAGGUUUUGAUGAGUCUAUAUUUGAUGACGUGACAAGUCAUCUCUAUGAACGAAAGCCAGUCAAAAAAGAGCCCGAGCAAGCAUCUUCCCAGAAAGAAGACCUCAGCGAUAAUGAGCGAUUAGACAAGGAAAUAUCGCUCGAAGAGGAUGCUAGUCAAGGCCUUAAGCAUAUGCCCAGUGUGGCAAGUGAGUAUGCCCCUUUCAAGCGCGGCCCUCUUGGUGAACCAAUACCUAAUUUGGGACCUGCGCGGGCUCAUGGUGGUGUUCUUACGGAGCAAAAUCUCGAUAUCCUACACAACGCCCUUGCAUUUGCGGCGAGCGAAUCAGUGGGUCAAGGUCCAUUUGGGCGUACAUUUAGCACAAGCGAACGAUCCCUGGCGCAAGAAAGUAUUUCGCAGACAUCGCACACUGGCGAUUCCCAGCCAGGCCUAGUGUCCGACGACAGCCGCGUCAGUCAAGGAGCAGAAAUGAUUGGCUUUGAUGAUGUUUUUGACGACCAUAUAUACGAUGAUGAUCCAUAUUACGAUGAUCCUAUUGUCGCGGCUGCCAAUGCGGAAGCUCUGGAAAAUGACGACGAGGGCUUUUACGGCCAAGAGUUCGGCUUCUACGCCCAGGCUCAUGGAAGCAGCAACAGUACCGAAAUGACCAAUGGCGGCUACUUUGGCCCGCGAGGCGUUGAGGGUAUUACCCGCAGCUUUAGCAGCCGUGGGAAGUUCCAGGAGCCUAGCUUGACUCCAAUCACCGAGCGAAGUGAAUGGAGUACCCGCAACUCGAUGAUCUCAGUCAAGGCACACGGUGCCUCCCUAUCCAAUGCAUCGCUUGCUAGCCCUGGUUUGGCCCAGCUAGUCGAUAUGGGCAGCUUAGACGAUGAGAUGACACUGAGUGCACUCAUGAAGCUACGACGCGGUGCAUGGGGUGGUAGCAAUGGCAGUCUACGCAGCAGCGCAGGAAGCCCACCACCUCAUACCCUUACAUCCUCCCAUCGCGGUAGCUUUACUGGUCCCUCCGAAGCUGCCAGCCCAUCGGAUGCUAGGUCAUCUGCAGAUGAAGGUCUAGCUAGUCUGAGCUAUCACCCCGACGACCGCUCCCAUACAGCCCCACCGCUUCGAGAUAGUGGUCGUGGUCUGGGGCAACCUGCCGAUCUCCCGCAUCUCGGAAUCGACGGCCCGAUUCGCGCAGAUGGCGAGGAAGAGUUGCCGAAUAUCGGCAGUAACCAAGUCCUCAAUGUCUUGUAA